AUGCCGGAUGCUGUUUCUAUAGUGAUGUUGUCUACCAUUCAUAAUCCGCUUAACAUUUUACCCGUGCACGUUAAACCUCAAUUAAAGACUCACAAACAUUUCACAAUGUGUCUAUCGCUUAUGCAUUCAUCAUUCAGUGACAGUUCGCAGCUGCUAGAAUGGAUUGAACUUCAUAAGAUCCUAGGGGUUGAAAGGUUUCUGAUAUACGUCCAAAGUGUAUCCAACGACGUGAAACAAGUAUUAAAAUUCUAUGAGCAAGAGAAUAACGCAAUGGUAGCAACAUUGCCAUGGUCUUUAACUGAUGAUCUCUGCAAUGAUGUUAAACUGCAUUACUGCGGGCAACUUGCUGCUCUAAAUGACUGCCUGUACCGCAGCAAAGGUUACAGCUAUUACAUUGCUGCCACGGAUCUUGAUGAGGUCAUUAUUCCGCAACACAAAAAUGAUUUCACUUGGCUCGAUAUGUUACUUAAUCUUCCGGAUCAUAGUGUGUAUCUGUUCAGAAACUCGUUUGUAAUUAGAAAUCUAAAGAAUAGUGCAGAUAUUAAAGAAAAUAAACAUAUAAUGACUGAUUAUUUAAUGAGGGAUGACUUUAUAUACGGACCACGUGACCGCUCUAAGAUGAUCUCGUGGACUGAUGACGUUGUUACGUUAGGCAUACACAAUGUAUGGGCGAUGAGGUCAGGGGACGAGUAUGGAGUGGAUCCAAAUGUUGGACUGCUUCAUCAUUACCGGAAGUCACCUGUGGUGUACCCAGAAGGUGUGCAUGUUUUCAGAAUAAAAAGUAAUGUUACAGUAAAAUAUUCCCAGGACCUUAGAGAACGAGUAUCUUUGGUUCGAGAAAAAAUGAGAACCAAUUCACCAAAAACUCGACCACCAUAA